AUGCCUUGUAAACAAUUGGGCUUCAGCCAUAUUUUGUCAACCAACUCCCUGGAGAGCCCUCGAUAUGGAAACAGUAUGGCUCAUGUUGACCUGACUGAAGGUAUCAGUUUGAAGCCAGAAACUGUGAUAGAUGCUGGGGAUGAAUGCUUUACUAAGAACAUGGGCAAGGAGGUCACUGAAAAUGAGUUCUCCUCUGGCCUGAUCAUGACGGAAAGCAAAAUUAUCUUUCCCAAUGAUUCUAUUGAUCCAGGAGACACUCUGGGAGUCAUAAAAGAUGUCAGUGCAGAUUUGCCUGCUGUUUACAUUGAAGGCCUGGGAUUGCUAAAUCCCGGGGCAACUGCAGCCACAGUUUCAAGAAUACUGGAGGGUUUUUGUGAGGCCGCCCCGGGCGGCGGCGGCGGCAAGAAGAAGGACUCGCUGGGGACCGGGGGCUCGCCAGCCCACCUCAUUAUCAAGGAUCUUGGAGAAAUUCAUUCAAGGCUGUUAGAUCACAGACCAGUUAUCCAAGGUGAAACCCGUUAUUUUGUGAAAGAAUUUGAAGAAAAACGUGGUCUUCGAGAAAUGCGAGUUCUUGAAAACUUGAAGAACAUGAUCCAUGAAACAAAUGAGCGUACUCUUCCCACGUGUAGGGAAACGAUGCAAGACAACUUAAACCAAGUUCUCCAGAGAUUGCAAGCAGCUACUGACUCGGUCUGUAGACUCCAACAGAGGGAACAGGAGCGAAAAAAGAUGCAUAAUGACCAUUUAAUAGCUAGUGAGAAACAGCAUAUAAUGCAGUGGGAGGAUUUCAUGAAAGAACAACACAGCAAACAGGCUGAAGUGGACGAAGAGCACAGAAAAGCCAUGGAGAGGCUUAAAGAACAAUACGCCGAGAUGGAGAAGGGCCUGGCAAAAUGUCCAGCCUUUGGAGAACUUGAACCAUAACAGUGACAAACUGAUGAGAAAACAUUAACUUCCCCUCAGAAACCGCUCCCACCAAACCGCUUAGCCUCUGCCUCAAGUUUAUUAGCAAUGUAUUCAGUGGCACUCUUCUGCAGAAAAAAGAAACUGCUACCGGAGUCUUAGCUGUUUCCUAGAAGAAGAAUGCCACAUCUU